UAGUCAGAAAUGAUUGAAUAAAAAUGUGGACAUAUAAACAAGUGAUUUUAUUUCGUUAAAAAUUAUUGAACCAUAAAGCUGUCCAUUUAAAGUUUGUAAAUCAAAAUGUUUUAAACAGGUACUGUUUAAUAUCCGUUAAAAUCUUAUGGGUGUACAAUGUAUUGUAAAACGACGCUAAUUUUACACACGACUCGUACACGAAUACAAAAUGAAAUUUACAACAAUGUGAAGGAAAUGUUGUGUUUACAAUUUCCCGUUUAAAUACACGUUACAUUUUAAGGUAAAUUGACGUUAUAUAUGAUAAGGAUGACACAGACGUAAAAUGGAUCAAACUAGAUUGGAUAAUGGAGAGAAGAAAGUGUAUUGUAAUCCCGUGUUUAUCCUGUGCCUUUGUGUUGAUAUUUUUCGUUUUCCAAAAGGAUGGAAACACAUUCCAAUUUUUCGAAGUCUUCAAUAAUCAGAUUCACACGUUUAAAAAUGAAAGUAACUCGACAAAUAACCAGACAAUGAUUUUCAUAGGAAAAACCAUUCCAGCUUUAUCUAAAAAAGUUAGAAAUGAAUCAACAACAAAAUCAUUCCUGAAACAAACCAAAUUUACUUUUACUACUAAAGGAAGAAAUGAACCAACAACAAAAACAUUCCUGAAACAAACCAAAUUUACCUAUACUACGAAAGGAAUGAAAAUUUCAACUAUGACUCCUGCUAUCAUUGCAGUUAGAAACAAUUCUACAAAUUAUACACAUUUUUUAUGUCCGAACUUCAUGGGUGGCUUUGGAAACAUGAUGUUCCAAUUGGCUGCACACUUUGGUGCUGCAAUGUCUAAAGGUAUGCGGGUAAUUGUUGCGAACAACUCGGAGUUAAAUCGUGUUUUCAAACUCGAAGACAUUGAUAUCAGGAAUAAUACAGACAUUUGCAAGAAAUUUAUUUCCCGAGGAGAAAGACAGAACUGCGCAUAUGAUAAAAAUCUGCUGAACUUUAACAAUUCUCAAAAUAUAAGACUCGGACAAUAUCUUCAGUCUUGGAAGUAUUUUUAUGAUUUUAGAAGUCAAUUAAAGAAACAGUUGACAUUUAGGGACCAUUUACUUAAGGAAGCAAAAAGUAAAAUAGUUCAAACAGUGAAAGGAUUCAAUAUAGGAUCAACAAGGGACGUUACUUUAGUUGGUGUUCAUGUACGCAGAGGAGACAUGGUUAAUCAUAAAUUUGGAUAUAAUAUAGCGACACCAGAAUAUUUAACUAAGGCCGUGCAAUAUUUCAAUUCAAAAUAUAAGAAUGUAAUAUUUAUUAUAUCUUCUCAAGACAUUCCAUGGACUAAAGCUAACAUGCCAAACAACACUAACGUUGAAUAUUUAACUAGUCCGAAAAGGGAGAUAAUCGUAGCUACUUUAACGUUAUGUAACCAUACCAUAACAACAGUCGGUUCAUUCAGCUGGUGGAUAGGGUGGCUAACAGGAGGAGAAGUCACGUAUUUCAAAUGGCCAGCAAAAGAAGGAUCUGGAUUAAGAAAACAAUACAGCAAAGAUUUUUCAGAUUUUUUCUACCCGGGUUGGAUUGGAAUGUAAACGACACCUUUUGGAUAUAAUAUUUCGAAAAUAUUUAAAAUGCUUUAAAGUAGGAGUAUAUAGUAUCCGACACAUUUUAAGUGACAGACGAUAAAGUAUAUGAAGUUACCUUAAAGUCUCAUUAUUUUAUUUUGGUAAAUGGUAACUAUUCAAUUAAGAUGAGAAACGAUUUAAUCAAGGAAGAUACAAAUGUACGAUUAUCAUAUUUCUUUCCUCCGAACAGUUGACAAUUGAUUUUCGGAAAAGUAUGAUUUUUUUAUUUUUUUGGGACGGUGUGUGGGUUUUUUCCUAAUGAUUUUUUUGUUACCAUGCUUAUUGGUUAUUGGUGGGUUUUCUUGGUAUAUAGAUAUUUAUAUGUCAACAUACUUUUUCAUAUCCUUUUGUGUAUUAUUCAAUAAUUUAAUUUUGGAUGUAACUCGUCUUCUGAUUGGCUGAAAGUUUUUUGUCUAUCAGCUCAUAAACAUAAUUUUGUCGUAUGACCGUGACGUCAUCAACGUUUUUUCAUGAUUUACUCCUUGAAAAUGAAAUUUAGAAUCAAAUUAUAAGGAAUGACUGUAAUAUUUUUCUGUCUAUUCGAAAUAACCUAAAAAAUGUGGGGCUACGCGGGUAGUUCAAAAGUGUGCACCACAUUUUUUAGGUUAUUUCGAAUAGACAGAGAAUAUAUGCGGGUUAUUCAGUAUGCACCAAUUUUUUAAGGUUAUUUCUUCAUAGAUAUAAACAAUAUUACAGUCAUUCCUUAAAUAACAGACAGAUAAUUAUAGAUAAUUUUAUGCUUAUUUGUCUGUCUUUUAGAAUUACACAAGCGGUGAGUACAUACAUGAUUUUAAAAUAGCCAGCACGUUGUUCCAAGUUGUGUCAAUAUGUGCCUUUUUUAUGUGUUGUUUGUUUUGAUGAAAAAAGAGACUUAUCAUAAUUUGCAUAAUUUAUUCAUUGAAGCAGCCAAUUUCAUUAAAAUAUUAUGUAUGUGUUCCUAAUGUAUUACAAGAUGCAUUUAACGUCUUGCAUUAUAUAACCAAGCAUUUACAGUUUUCAAACUUGAUCGUUGAAGUUAUUUGUUAUUUGAUAAGAAAUAAAGAAUUCCAAAGAAAA